AGAAACAAGCAAAUGGAAACAGAUCACGUGUAGGCAACAAUAAGACGGAAUCGACAGGAGCCGCGUUCAACGCUCUCUCUCUCUCUCUAGAUUUAAGUCGUGUCGCCGAAAGGUAAAACCCCACCCAACCCAACACCCACACCCACAAACUCAUUUUCUUCUCUCUUUCCGUGAGUUCAUAUCUUUCUCCGGUCAACUCAACGCGAAUCUAGGGUUUCUGACUUCAAUUCACCCUUCAAUUCAUGAUCCAGUUGAUGAGAUUCAAUCAACGAUGAUGAUGAACUGAGUUCGAAUUAGGUCUAGUUUUGUCCAAUUUUGAGCUAAUUUUGUUCGAUUUUGGAAUGGAGAGCCAAAGUUCUGGAAAUUCGGAUAGGAUUCAACUGCUUGGUGAUGGAUUGGCGGCGGAAGGUGGUGCGGUGGCGGUGGUAGAGGCUGUGAAGGUGGAGGUAGGUGGCGGUGAGCGGGAGGCGGUGAAGCGGAAGCGAGGGCGGCCGCCAAAGGCUCAGGCGAAGCCGGUGGUUGUGAAAAGGCAGGUUAGUGUGGCUUCGAGUGGGAAGAAGGUCAAGGAAGUGGUGGAGGAUGAGGAUGUGUGUUUUAUUUGCUUUGAUGGUGGGAGUCUUGUGCUUUGUGAUCAUAGGGCUUGUCCAAAGGCAUAUCAUCCAGCUUGUAUUAAAAGGGAUGAAGAGUUUUUCGAAUCUGCAGCUAAAUGGAAUUGUGGUUGGCAUAUAUGCAGUAUAUGCCAGAAGACAGCACAUCAUAUGUGUUAUACUUGUACAUAUUCGUUGUGCAGAGGUUGUGUUAGAAAGGCUGAUUAUGUUAGUGUCAGAGGUGAUAAAGGAUUUUGCACUAUAUGCAUGAAAACAAUCAUGCUGAUUGAAAAUAACGGUCAGGGUGAGGAUGGAAAGGUUCAAGCGGAUUUCGAUGAUAAACUUAGUUGGGAGUAUCUCUUUAAGGUAUAUUGGCUCUACAUAAAAGGAAAAUUAUCUCUAACGCUAGAUGAGCUUGUACAAGCUAGAGCCGCAAGGACAGAAGCUAGUACGAUUUCUUCAGCUCUUCCGUCAACCAGUGUACAUAACAGAGCCGAUGAUUUGAGCGUCAUGUCAGCAACAUCCGUUGGUAAUUUGGAAGAAGAAAACGAAUCAAAAAGAAGAAAAAAAGAUGAACAAAUCAACUUACAAAACGAAAUUGUAAAUAUUGAAAAACCAGCAAUUGAUGAAAGUGCAACUACAGAGUGGGCAACCAAAGAGCUUUUGGAUUUUGUGGCACAUAUGAAGGGUGAAAGUACAGCUGUAUUAUCAAGGAUUGAUGUUGAGGCAUUACUGAUGGAGUACAUAAACAGAAAUAAUCUCUAUGAUCCUAAAAAGAAAAAUCAAAUCAUAUGUGAUUCGAGAUUAAAGUCUUUGUUUGGAAAACCACGUGUUGGUCGUAGUCAAAUGUUGAAGCUUCUAGAACACCAUUUUGUAGUAAAGGAGGACUCAAAGAAGAGACGGGUCAAAAGUACUACCAUACAGGUUAACCAGGUUUACCCUGAUUGGAACAGUGAUAAAAAACGCAAAAGUCGUAGCAAGGGAGAAGGGCAUGUGUUACAGAAUAGUUUGGAUGAAUUUGCAGCAGUCGAUGUUCAUAAUAUAAGUUUAAUAUAUCUGCGCCGUGAUUUGAUGGUGAAUCUUCUUGAAGAUAGUGAUAGUUUUCAUGGUAAGGUGGUUGGGUCCGUUGUGCGAAUAAAAAUAUCUGGUUGUGAUCUGAAGCAUGAUAUGUACAGGCUUGUUCAAGUUGUAGGUACAAGUAAGGCGGAUAUACCAUGUAAGAUUGACAGCAAAUCAGUAGACAUUAUGCUUGAAGUUUUAAAUUUAGACAAGAAGGAAACUAUAUCCAUUGAUGCAAUUUCUGACCAAGAGUUUUCUGAGGAAGAAUGCAGAAGUCUACAACGAAGUAUAAGAUGUGGGCUUGUAAAACACUUCACUGUCGGUGAAAUACAAGAAAAGGCCACGGCCCUGCGGUUGGUAAAGCUAAAUGAUUGGAUUGCAAAGGAGAUAUUGCGGCUUGAACAUCUUCGUGAUUUAGCAAGCCAAAAGCGGCAAAAGAAGAAUUAUAGAGAAUGCGAAGAGAGAAUCCAAUUUUUGAAGACACCAGAAGAGAAAGAGCGCAGAUUAAAGGAAAUCCCAGACGUUCAUUUCGAUCCAAAAAUGAAUCCAGAUUAUGAAUCGGACGAUACAGAGGAGUAUUUCAACAAAGAACAUGGAGAUCACAUGGAGUCAAAGUAUUCUGGCAAGAAAUCUCGCCCUUCUAAAAAGCGACAAAACCGAUCACGAAAAGACGAGAAACCCAACAACGGAACCAUCACAACUUUACCAGCUGUUGAACCAUCUACAAUAUGUAUGGAAACCGAUGCACCGGCUUCAACUUUGGAGAAAUCACAACAUGAGGUGGAUCGUAGUGGGGAUUGUAAUGGUUCUACUAUCACUAAACUGGAUCAACAAGCCACAUUAAGCUCGUCGGUAUCCAACCAUGCACCGGAAACAGCAGCUUCCGUUAAGACCACCUCGUUUUCUAACGACACGGUGUGGCAUUACCGUGAUCCAAACGGGAAAGUUCAAGGGCCGUUUUCGUUAGUACAGCUUCAGAGGUGGAGCACAACCGGAUACUUCCCUGCUGAAAUGAAGAUAUGGGCGGAUAACGAGGACAAGUCUCUACUUUUGACCGAUGUAUUGGAACAACAGUUUCACAACCGUGAGACUACAACUGCUGCUAACAAAGUCGCUGAUGAAACCGAGGGUGCAAACGUUGGCGAUGGAAAUCCGUCAUCAACUGUUGCUGUGACUCCAUAUGUUCCGGAUCUUGUCAAUCAUGAGAAGUUAUCCGAGAGUCAAUCUUUUGGACAGAACUGGAGUGGUAAUAACAGUAAUAACAACAAUAAUAACUUGAACUAUAAUCCUCCGAGUGUCGAGUCAACCGUACAAGUUGAUACGUCAAACAUGCCGACUCCGGAUAUCGAGAAAUGUGAAGAUGUUAAGCAUGUUCCUACAGCUGCUAUUGAUUUGCCUGGUCCUACACCAAAGAAGACGGUGGAUGAAAACAAGAAUAUACAAGCUGUGCUCGAUUCAGGGAACAACCCGCCUAGCUGGAGUAGUACUUCAAGUCUAGUAGUUGGUGGGGCCAAACUUCCGGUUUCCGCCAACGGUUUGGGUGGUAGUUCUUCCACGCCGGAUAAACGCGAAGAAUGGGACUCGGGAAUUGUAUUAGAAGUGGCGGCAGAUCAUGUCGCGACUCCAACCUCCAACAUCGACCAAAAUAUUGAGCAAAAUGUUAAUAAUCCGUCACAGCCAACGUGUAACGAGUUUACGUGGAAUGGAGUGUCGGAAAUGAUUGAGUUCAGCACUUUAGCGGAGGAGUCGGUUUCGGAUCUGUUAGCGGAAGUGGACGCUAUGGAGUCACAGUACGGGUUGCCUUCUCCUACUUCUAGAAGAAACAGUUUUGUCGAUGAUUUGUUUAACGGGUCUUUUGAUGAGUUUAGUCCCACCCCGGAUCAGGGUACGAGAAGUGACGGAUUUAGCUCUAGCGGAGAUAUACAACUGCACUGUCAAUCAACCACCACACCGGACGAACAACAUCUAGUCGGCUCGUCUCAGAGUAACAACGUUAACGGUGCCUUUGAUUUCAUGAAAACAUCCAUUGGCUUGCAACAACAACACUCGUUUAUCAGCCCUGACAUUAACAGUCAGGCGAUUGGUAUUUCUCAGACAACAAAUUCUGGGAGUUUGGGUUUUAAGUGGCCGGAAAUGGAACGCGCCUCACAGGGAAUGAUCGACAUAAACCGAACCGCUAAGGCGGAAGGUGACGAGGGCGAGAUGGAGACGAAAACGGGUGAUGUUCAAGUUAAAGUGAAGUUGGAAAACGGGAAUCAUAAUAUGGAAUCAGCAGGAAAUAUGAAGUCAGCCGAACAUUCUAUUUCUAAACAGAUGCAAGCACCCAAAUCUAUUGGCAUCGGUGCAAAGUUGGUGACUAGAGUUGCUCAGAUCAAAGGGUUGGAAGGUACAACGAAUCAAUCACAACCACUGUCACCGCCACCGCCACUUCCGCCACCGCCGCCUUUGACUUUAGGGUUGGACCCGUAUGACCCAUGUGACUUGGGAUCGGAAACAAUGCAAGGUAAUAUAAAGUUCAGUAGUACAGUAAAACCGGGUCAAGUAACAAACACAAAGACAAACACAGGUCGAAGUACGAACAUCUGGUGGGACCCAAACCACACGAACCAGCGGAAACCUGUCAGUGAAAAAUAUAACAGUAGUAAUAGCCCUCGAGAGCGAAGUCAUCAGGUUGAGGAAUCAGGAUAUAGCAGGAACAGUAGGAGUUCAUGGAGCAAGCAGUUAUCAUUUGGUAGUGAUAGUGGUGGCGGUGGUGGAGGCAGUGGUGGUAAUUUAAAGCCGCCAGCUAAAGGGCAGCGCGUGUGUAGAUUUUACGAGAGCGGACGGUGCAAGAAGGGAGCCUCCUGCAAUUAUCUGCACCCAUCACCAUGAGACUGAAGAUGGUGGUUUGUUGAUCCUUUUUUGUAUAAUCAAUUAAUUAUAUGAUAUAUAAGGCGUGUUGUCAGGUGAAGCUAGUCUGCUUAAUGUGUUAGUUUUAAUGUAACCAGUCUCAAUUAAAUUAAAUUUCACCGUCGAUAUGAUCAAAUACAGUUCUCUCUUUAGUCGGGUUU